UGGAGGCGUCCCGCGUGCCCAUCUUCGGUAGCGUCGCGCAUCGCAUCGCGGACGUUAUAUCUGGCGUCGCGACGCCCUCGGGCCUCAGCCGCUCCUCAGCCGCCCGUCAAUUCACAACUCACCCCCACGAGAAACUAAAGCAGCAGCAAGAUGUGUGACGACGAAGUAGCCGCUCUUGUGGUAGACAAUGGUUCCGGCAUGUGCAAAGCCGGUUUUGCCGGAGACGACGCACCGCGCGCCGUCUUCCCCUCGAUCGUCGGUCGACCCCGUCAUCAGGGUGUUAUGGUCGGUAUGGGUCAAAAAGAUAGCUACGUAGGCGAUGAAGCCCAGAGCAAACGAGGUAUCCUGACUUUGAAAUAUCCGAUCGAGCACGGUAUCAUCACUAAUUGGGAUGACAUGGAGAAGAUCUGGCAUCACACCUUCUACAACGAAUUGCGUGUCGCUCCCGAGGAACACCCGGUUCUCCUUACCGAAGCACCUCUGAACCCGAAAGCUAACCGCGAAAAGAUGACGCAAAUUAUGUUCGAAACCUUCAACAGCCCAGCUAUGUACGUCGCCAUUCAGGCCGUCCUCUCCUUGUACGCUUCCGGUCGUACCACCGGUAUCGUUUUGGAUUCCGGUGACGGUGUCUCUCACACCGUGCCUAUCUAUGAAGGUUAUGCCCUUCCUCAUGCCAUCCUCCGUCUAGACUUGGCCGGACGCGAUCUUACCGAUUAUCUCAUGAAAAUCCUUACCGAGAGAGGCUACAGUUUCACCACUACGGCCGAGCGAGAAAUCGUCCGCGACAUCAAGGAGAAGCUUUGCUAUGUCGCCCUGGACUUUGAACAGGAAAUGGCCACCGCUGCCGCCAGCACUUCUCUCGAGAAGAGCUACGAAUUGCCUGAUGGUCAGGUCAUCACCAUCGGUAAUGAGAGGUUCCGUACACCCGAGGCCCUCUUCCAGCCUUCCUUCCUGGGUAUGGAAUCUUGCGGUAUCCACGAGACCGUCUACAACUCCAUCAUGAAGUGUGACGUCGACAUCCGUAAGGACCUCUAUGCCAACAACGUUCUUUCUGGUGGCACCACCAUGUACCCUGGUAUUGCUGAUCGUAUGCAAAAGGAAAUCACUGCUCUCGCGCCUUCGACCAUCAAGAUUAAGAUCAUUGCUCCACCCGAGAGGAAAUACUCUGUAUGGAUUGGCGGUUCUAUCUUGGCCUCCUUGUCCACCUUCCAGCAGAUGUGGAUCUCCAAGCAAGAGUACGACGAGUCCGGCCCUGGCAUUGUCCACCGCAAAUGUUUCUAAGCGCGUCGUUACAUUACGAUCAUUGACGCAGCGAUGUAAUCUUUAUCGAAAGAAUAUCGUCCUACUUCGGGGAGAACGCGUAACUAGCAUGACGUUCUGCCCUGAGCAAUCAAGCUGCUACGAGAAACAUCAUCAUCGACUCUCAAUCAUCAUGGGAUCUCAUCAAAUCGUCAUUGUCACGGCCUCGCUCAUCGUUAUGCAAAUAACAACAGCCUGGCUUAAUAUCUUUGUCGUCGCAGCCUUUUGUAAAACUGCGCGCGACAACAUCAUUACUCACUUGGCGUCAUCAUCACGGCCGAGGUAGCGGUCGGUGGUAUU